AUGUCCGUUACGAACGAUCCCGACUGGUCUGACCUUGGGGCAUACCUCGAGAACCUGACCAGAGGGAUGGAACGGAUAAAUAGGGCAUCCAUCAACCUCAAAAAGAUGGGUCGAGCCAAAUAUACCCAGAAAAUUCUGGAAGAAAGGCUCGAUUACGUUAAAACUCUGUGGCAACAGAUGAACGAUCAGUAUAUGGUCGUGUGUAGGCUUCUCCCUCCUGGGAAACGACACGAUUACGAGUUGUUCCAACGGGAUUUCAUGGGGGAAACCGAAAACGAGUUUCUGGAGUUCCAGGCCUAUGUGGCCGCGGAAAUAACCCGACUCACCACAGGUCCAAGGACGGUGAUGUCGGAAAUCCAGCAAACAAUACCGAUCGAACUCCCGAAGAUGAGGUUGGAGAAAUUCGACGGGGAUCCUUCGAAAUGGGAACAUUUCGAGGACCUAUUUACCGCCGGAGUAAUAAACAACCCCACGUUAACGGAUGUGCAAAGGUUACAAUACCUAAACACCUGUAUAACCGGGAGAGCCGCAGCCGCUAUCGCAUCUCUUGCGAUAACGGAUUCAAAUUUCUCAGUAGCGUGGUCGACCCUGAAAGCAGAAUUCGGGCUCCCACGCUUGGUACUGAUCAAGCUACUUGAUCGGAUUCUGAGAUUGACAAAGAUCCGAAAGGGCGACCUGUCGAGUGUUCAGCAGGUUACCAUAGGCUUUCGGCAAGCACUCGCUAUCCUUGCUAAAAAAGGAAAAGCGGAAGAGCAGCUUAGUUGGCUGCUCACGCAUAUUGUAGCGAGCCAAUUUGAUGCCGCGUUGCAAGGGGAAUGGGAACGAUCCCUCAAAAUGUCAACGGAAUAUCCGAUGAUAGAGGAGAUAUUCAGAUUCCUCGAUCAGGAGGCGCGGGCUAUGUCCGUAAUUGACGAACAUAACCGCAAAAUUGCCUCAAAACAGGAACAGAAGCCACGAGUACGGAGUCAUAACACCGUCGUGGAUUCCCCCCCUGCGCAGCGAAAGUGCACGAUUUGCGGACAAACGCAUGCACUCUCGGAAUGCGGCACAUUUAAGCGUUUCUCCGCACUGGUACGUUACCAGAUCAUAAAGGACAGUCAGGGAUGUAUAGCCUGUCUGGCCCUGGAUCACGACGUAAGAGGCUGCCGGAGCCAACAAGGUUGUUCGAGAUGCAGUGGCAGGCAUCACAUCCUGUUGCAUUUCGAACAACGCGAAAAAGAGGCGGAAAGCCAAAAGCCGAAAUCGAAAUAUUCGAACGGCAAGCGCGAGGAACGGCGAGAUAACGCCCCUCCACAGCGCCGUACGGCUAAGGCGAAAGCCGGCACCGAUACCUCGAACGCGCAAGCAGCUACGUCACGGGCCACUACGUCACACUGUACG